GUUCACUCAAACUGUUCGUCAAAAAACACUGCUUCAUUCAAGAAGUAAACACCUUUACGGCCUGUGGCUUGGAAAUGCGGUUAUGUUUUGGCUUCCUCUGGCGGACAAAAACAGACAAUACUCCAACUAAAUAGUAAGGUGAAGAAAUGAGAUGAAAACAGAAACACCAGAUCACCUGUCCUGGCUAGACACUGAGGUUGGAUCCAGUCCCAGUGAACAUAGGGAUAUCUGGACUGUGGAGAGCCUGCAGGAGAAGCCAAAGGAAACAGAUAUAUUGGUGCACAUUGCUGAUCUGUUGAAGCGAUCGAAAUCGCAGCAGUUUCAUGGAUUAAUGGACAGGAUUACAGCAGGAAUCACUCAACCAAUGCGACUUGGCCAGAGGAGAAAUAAGGGGGAGAUCUUUGUUGGACUUAUGGGAAGGAGAUCUUCUAGUGGAGAUUUUCAAGAGAAAUGGGACAGACCACAACUCUACUGACUGUGCAACUGAAAGUUUUAACUAUAUGCCCUUCGCUGUGUUAGACACAAUUAAAUUAAAACACAAUA